CUCAUUAUCAGUGAACAAGUAAUGAUAGAGAGAAGGACACAAGCGUCCAGUAGUCUACCUCUCGACCCUCUGGUGACCGGGUCCUCGUCCACCUCCACCCUGGGAAAUAUCCCCCAAUAUGAAACUUUUUUGUAGCUUACUGCUGUUGCUGCUGUACCUGGCGGUGGCGGGGAGGCCCAGCGACGCCCAGCUCCUGCGGCAGGUUGACGCCUCUGUCAGUCUUCAGUACAGGAGAGAAGGUGAUCCAGGACUGGAGCUGCAAGCAGGAUCGAACAGUAUAGACGCUACCUGGGACGAGGUGUCGGGCGCCAGCUACUAUAACAUCAGCUGGACUCCUGAUGGCAAUGGGCCUAACACUGUCGACGGUACCAGCAGCAGCGGCACCUACACCUACACUAUCACAGGUCUUGUGCCUUGUACCAAGUACACCGUCACUGUCCAGCCGGGGGACAAAGAAACCGAUGUUGGUGGACCUCUUACGGCAUCUACAACAACACUUCCUCGUGACUCUGUCCGUCCCAGAAUCUUGCACUCCUACCCAGACUCUUACUGUCCGUCCCAGACGAACAUUACACUAUCACCCAGACUCUUACUGAUUCCUGGUACUCUAUCUCCACCAGAUCCUUAUCCGGUCACCACCGUCACGGUGGCCACAGUGGUGGACCAGUCGUCUCAGUUGGCCGUCAGCUGGACCAAGGCAGGAGGCGCCGGGAACUGUGCCGUCACCUACAGGAUCACCUGGACCCCCGCCAGCGGUGGAGGCAGUAGACAGGAUACCACCAGUGCCCUGAGUUACACUAUCACCGGCCUGGCCGCCUGCACCACCUAUACCGUUUGUGUAACGGCCUCGACUGAUGGAGGAUAUUACACUAAUGAUCGGUGCAGCAGCGGGACGACCGACGUGGACACCCCGGGUCCAGUGGUCAUGAGCCCGCUGGUCCCAUUAUCUGAAUCAUCACUGAGAGUCGCGUGGGAUCGUCCAUUUAACUUCAAAUGUGAAAUCCUUUUUUAUACUGUCAAGUGGACUGUGAAUGACACCCACAAGAGUGAUACCACCACCACCACCAGCUACACCAUCACCGGCCUGGCUGCCUGUUCCAGAUACACCGUCACCGUCGCGGCUGCUACAAGCAAAGGCCUUGGUGACGAGACAUCAGAGAGUGGUGCAACAGACAGUAUUGCUCCUGACCCGCCCAAGUCACUAGGGGCAGCCAUGGUAGUCAACGAGUCUGACAAACUGAGUGUCAACUGGACACAGCCGGAUGAUCCAGGACCACUGUGUCCGGUGACCAGGUACACCGUCACCUGGUACCUGGCCAGCACCCAGGAGCUGGUGGACCAGACGACCAACAGUGACACAACCCUCACCAUCAGUGACCUGGAAGCUUGGACCAGCUACACCGUCUGUGUGGCUGCUGCAACUGAGCAGAACUCUAUAUAUAAAUAUUCCCCGCCGUCCUGCACCAACGCUACAACCGACCAAGACACGCCGGGAGCACCUUCGAACACCAGGAUACAAUCCCAUACUGGAGGGUCUUUAUUGGUGGUGUGGAGCCCGCCAGAGGAGCCCAGAGGGAUCAUCACCAGCUACAGUGUCGCCUGGAGCCCACCGGACACUGGUAAUGGUACGGAGGUUAUUGUGGCCGGCAGCGUAACACAGUACUACAUCACGAGCCUUAAUACCUGUGUCAACUACACCGUUACUGUAAGGGCCGCCACCUGCAAGGGCUACGGUGAAAAGGUUGAUAUUAACAACACUACAGAUGCACCUCCCCCGCCAUCACCGCCAGUGACUUGUAAGAAGGUCGUCUCCCCUAACCAACUCACUGUCACCUGGUCUCCAGUCGACACACAGUGUACAGUAAGUGGCUACAAGGUAGACUAUACCGGGGACGUCCUCUGGUCCAACGACACCCGCCACUGCUCUAAAGAACUUCAAACAACGUAUGCAGACCUGGGUGACUUAACACCGUGGACGACUUACACUGUGUGUGUAGCGGCAGUGGUCGUUAAUGACAUUGUUGGUGCGUGGAACUGCUGCUCCUCUACUACCCUGGAGGCUGCGCCCGGGCCGCCAGCAGCCCUGACCAUAGCGUCGGUGAGCAGUAAGACCGUGACGGUGUCUUGGGCUCCACCUGAGGAGCUCAACGGUGUACUGACAGACUACCAGGUGGCCUGGGACAAUGGCUACACCAACCUCACCGCCAACGUCACCACCUACACAGUCUCCGACCUCCAGCCAAAGUCACAGUUCACUGUUGCUGUAAAGGCAAGGACGGCGGCAGGCUGGGGUCCUGCUGCAGCUGUCAGUGGGGCUACGGCUGACGAUGGUGUGAACGUUGGAGCCGUGGUGGGCGGCGUGGUGGGCGGCCUCCUGCUGCUGGCGCUCCUCGUCGCUGCUGUCUUCUUCAGGCACAAGAUAAUGGAUACAUUCCAGGCGGCCAAACACACGCGUCCACCUCCUGCUGGACCUCCUCCAGUCACUAUAGUUCACCCGGGUGACCAGGUCAAGAAAGACGUCAUGACCCAUGACCCGGCGCACAUACAUGCCCUGUACUCUGGGAGCGCCGACCCGCGGGCGCUGAGGGAGGAAGUGACGCCACACAAGGCUCCAAGUGUCCAGUCUCCAGGCGGCCUCGCUCUGAACACUGUUACCACUCACCCGUACUCGGACCAUACAUAUGUGAACGAAAUCUCCGACGAAGACGACCCGAUCUACAUGAGCCUGGACUAGCAAGCCUGACGUAGCCUUCUACUUCUAUAACGACUGAUACUGAAAUAAACAGCAGUUCCCUAUCAAGAAAAGCGUUGUUGCAACUGGUUCAUCCGCAGUACCCUGGAUUGAUGACUGUAUUGAUUAGAUUAAGAAUGACGAAUAAAUUGAUGAUCGAUUUAUGAAAGGCUUAAUACUACAUCGCUGCUCUAACGAGGGAGGCCAAGAGAACAUCGGCCAAUCGUGAGAGUUAAUUGGCUUUCUGAAAUUUCCUUUAUUAUUGUAUUUUUAUUUACCUUUGUUGUUUGGGAAUUGCUGUAUAGAACAAGGUGAUCAUUGUUUGGCUGUAUAUAUGUGCAUUCCUUGCGAUUAGGCUUAUACUGAAAGUAACUUUCAGUAUGAUUAUCAGGAGAUAAUAUUCUCUUUAGGGAUUUUUAGUUACUUGCUUAAUUUAUUGUGUAUUGAGAUUACUUAGUAAACUGUAACUCUUUCUUCAAUGUGAAGAUAAUAAUGAUAUUACUGUAGUUUAAAUGUGGUUCCCAACCGGUGGCUCCCGGAAUCUAAAUUCUGAG